UCAACGGAUAGAAUCACGUUUCUAUUUCGUAUUGUAUAAACGUGGAAUUUGCAACUUCCGCUUGAAGUUCUUUUCCGUGAGAUUUUUGAUAGAAAGAUGACUUGCAAACGCAGAAAUGGUGGACGUGCCAAGCAUGGUCGCGGCCAUGUGAAUCCAGUCCGCUGCACCAAUUGCGCUCGUUGCGUUCCCAAGGACAAAGCCAUCAAGAAAUUCGUCAUUCGUAACAUCGUCGAAGCCGCUGCUGUCAGGGACAUAACAGAGGCUAGCUUCUAUCAAUCUUAUCAGCUGCCUAAAUUGUAUGCUAAGCUUCACUAUUGUGUCUCCUGCGCCAUUCACUCUAAAGUGGUGCGGAACAGAUCCAAAGCGGAUCGUCGUAUAAGAACACCUCCUGUCCGCAACUUCCCAAGGGAUCUACGCCAGGGUCAACAGAACAGGAAAUAAUUUUAUUAUGUAAAAUUAAUUUCGAUAUAAAUAAAAAUUCAUAAAACCAGAAUAA